UCUUUUGAGGACCAUUUCAGAGAUUAUAGAUUCCUUUCAAAUAUCAUGUACGAUGCUCCAACUAAAUCUUUCUGUUACACUAGAUUGACUGCUUUGGAACUUAAAUUUACCUUAUACAAGAAGUUGAAGCAAUUUGAAGAAGUCAAGACUCAAAAAAUGGUUCCACACAGAGAUUGGUACAAUGUCAGAAAGGUUGACGGUCACUUGCACUUGUCAUCCAUGGCUAAUCAAAAGCACUUGUUGAGAUUUAUCAAAACCAAACUCAAGCAAUGUCCAGAUGAAGUUGUCAUUGUAAGAGAUGGUAAACAAUUGACUCUUUCAGAGGUCUUUAAGAGUUUGAACAUGACACCAUACGAUCUUUCAGUUGACACACUUGAUGUACACGUUGACAAGUCUCAAACUAUGCACAGAUUUGACAAGUUUAACUUGAAAUAUUCACCAUUUGGUCAAUCUAGAUUGAGAGAAAUUUUCUUAAAGACUGACAAUCUCAUUGAAGGAAAAUACUUUGCUGAAAUGAAUAAGGAAAUUUUCAAAGAUUUGGAAGAUUCUAGAUAUCAACACGCCGAACCAAGAGUGUCAAUCUAUGGUAAGCAAAAGGACGAAUGGUAUUCACUUGCUAAAUGGAUUUGUAAAUUUAAAAUGUUCAGUGAUAAUAUUAGAUGGCUUAUUCAAAUCCCUCGUCUCUACAAUAUUCACAAGGAAUUCAAGUCAAUUACUAAUUUUGAACAAAUGUUAAAGAAUAUCUUUGACCCACUUUUUGAAGCAACUAGAUCACCAGAAAAAUAUCCUGAAUUGAGCACCUUCUUGGGUAUUAUUGUUGGUUUUGACUCUGUUGAUGAUGAAAGUAAGCCAGAACCAAGAUUCCAUCUUGAUUUACCUUCACCAGAUGAAUGGACCAAUGAUGAAAAUCCACCAUAUGCCUACUAUUCUUAUUACUUUUAUGCCAAUCUUAAAGUUUUGAAUGCUUACAGAAAGUCAAAGGGUAUGAAUACCUUUGCUAUUAGACCUCAUGCUGGUGAGGCUGGAAGUGCUUCUCACUUGGUUAGUGCCUACCUCCUUUCUGAUGAAAUUAACCACGGUAUUGAAUUGAGAAAGGCUCCAGUUCUCCAAUAUUUAUACUACCUUUCACAAAUUGGUUUGGCCAUGUCUCCACUCUCCAACAAUUCACUCUUCUUGUCCUACGAAAAGAACCCAUUCCCACAAUUUUUCCAAAGAGGUCUCAAUGUUACACUCUCCACAGAUGAUCCUCUCAUGUUCCACUUUACUCGUGAACCUUUAAUGGAAGAAUAUUCUAUUGCUGCUCAGGUUUACCACUUGUCAAAUGUUGAUUUGUGUGAAAUUGCUAGAAAUUCUGUCAUCCAAUCAGGAUUUGAAGAUGUGUUCAAAAAGUAUUGGUUAGGUACAACCAGAUUAUUUGGUCGUAACGACAUUCGUCAGUCAAAUGUUCCUAACCUUAGAUUGAAAUAUCGUUUUGAAACACUCUUUGAUGAA